CCGUGUAUCCUCAACCCCUGUCAGAGAGGAGCGAAAUGUCUGCCGUUCCCUGGGAAUGAUUUCACUUGUAAAUGCCCGGCGGGCACCACCGGAAAAAUUUGCAACAAAGGUAAGCGAGGAUAUCAUCUCUCACUUGUUCUACUUAUUUGCAUCUAUUUUACAAGUGAAGGCCACGUGAAAGAGCUUCAGAUAAAUGUCGAGUGUAGUUCUUAAAUAUGACAUAUUUGAAUAAAAUGGGACAUUUUUGUGAUUUUUCCUUCAUUUUGCUGACCUUUAUCGUUUGUCUGUUACGUGACAUCCCCUAGCUGAUGUCAAAAUAAAGUUGAAACGAAAAUUGUCAGCAAACGACAUUUGGACAUUGUUUGCGUACAAUAGCAACACACCUAUUUUGCAAGCUGUGCGGCAUUUUGGACAAAACAAAGGAGGAGGCUCUCAUGACGUCGGUCUUUGACGGAUCUUAAGCAUUGACCAAUCACAGCGCGCGUAAUAUUAAUUUUAGUUGAACUGUUCUCACAGAUGUCGACGAAUGUGCAGACAACAAUGGUGGAUGCUCACACGACUGUAGCAAUACAGAUGGAAGUUAUGAAUGUCUUUGUCCUGAUGCAGAGUUGUCAUUAGCUGAUGAUAAACACACUUGUGAAGGUAAAUUGCAGCCGGAAAAGCCCCGGAAAUAACUUUACAAUCCAAUGUAAAACAUAAAAAUACGAUUAUACGAGUAUAUCUAUAAACUACAUUUCAUUUGAAUUAGAUUUAACUGUUUUUCGGCUUCCUAAAACUCAAUGGGAAUAAAAAAACUAAUUUAUUCAAAAGAAAUUAUUUCGGAAAAUGUGUUUCGAAAAAGAUAUUCCUUUGCUAUUAAAGUUAAUAGAAAAUACGGUUUCAGCUUUAGUAUUUAUUCCUAGCUCUUUGAAGUUCUCAUAGAAGUUCAUGUAAUGACAAAAUGUCGUCUCGUUUAUUUCUGAAAGCCCGAUGAGUUACCGUCCAAUUUCUGCGAAAUCAUAUUUUGCGCUAUCACUAAAGAAGGCAAAGUAAAAACAAGUGAGUUAUCUGAAUCGUGGGAAACUGCAGCGACCAGGUUGUGAGUGGUAUUAACUUUGCCUCUGAUCGGUUUAGAUGGCUGCAAAGUAUAAAGUAAAGCCAGUAUAAACCAAGCUUGCUUGUGGCAAUCCAUUGAAAAAUUAUUAUUGUUUACAACGAACACAAUUUAUUCUUUUUGUAGCUCAAGGAGUCACUGUGGAUUGUCGUCAAAAUGACAUGUCCAUUAGUAUCCCCAAGCUCAUACUCAAAGGAAUGGACAGAGAACAUCUUCGCCUCCUGGACCCGAAGUGUGGAGCAACAGAAACUAAAACGCAUUUUGAUCUCAAAACGCCGCUGACUGGCUGUGGCACUAGAAAAAAGCAUACCAAGGCUGCCAUUGUGUACAGUAACAAGGUCCUAGAGAUUCCACUGAAAAAAUCUGGUCUCAUCACACGCGUCAGAGAGAUUGAGAUCCCAUUCAGUUGCUAUUAUUCCAACAGUAGAUUGGCUACGGCUGUUGGAUUAAAACCAAAGAACAGAAAACUGAUCUUCAUGGAAAAAGGGAAGGGAAAAUUUACAGUUGUCUUGGAGAUAUUUCACAGUCAAAGGUAAUAUUAAAGGGCUCAUUUUGAGUUUAAACUCAUUUUUAGCUUAACUCCCUUGAAAUAACAAAUAACGAGGAGCGCUCACGCGUUAAACAUUCCUAAAAAUUUGCAAUACCUAGAUUGUGUCCUAUGCUGAAAAUCAUUGAAAACGAUGACUUUAAUACCAGGUCCUAGAAAUCUUUAAAUACCGUAACUCUUUCAUGAAAAUAAAAAGACGAAACCUCAACUUGCAUUUCUCGUUCGAUCAGCACAUUGACACGGAAAAAUGACCUAACGGACCUUUUCUAUUUCAAAAGCUUUCCCUCUUGAAAAUGAUAGUGCGAAAUAAAAUUCGUCUACUUAUAGACAAGUUAUUGAUUUAGAGCAAAAAAAGCUUCCGCAUGAAUAACUUCUUUUGCAGAUUCACCACACCAUACAAAUCCGAUGAUUUUCCUAUUUCUUUGAAACUCCGCCAAAGUAUGUUCGUACAAGGGAGAGUGGACAGCAAGGAUAAAAAGCUAUCAAUUCUGCUUGAAAAUUGUUUUGCCACGCCCACUGCCAACGAGAGUGAUGCCACAAAACAUGAAAUCAUUUCUGAUGGGUAAGCCUGUUACAUCAGUAUCUUUAUCUUUUCUUGCCCUAAAAUAAUCUUUCGUCAAUUUUACAUAACAUUGAAAAGACAUUUCCUACAAACGGAAAAUAGGUCCGAGGUACGUGCGCCUGGUUACUUUAUUAAUUCAUCAUUUUUUUAUCUUACAGCUGUGCUGUCGACGAUACAGUCCAACAGCUUCCCUCCUCAGGAGGCAAAUCUCGUUUCAGUCUCGAAACUUUUCAAUUCGUCAAGCAGCCCUUCGUUUUUAUACACUGUCACGUGGUUAUCUGCAAAGCAUCUGACCGCAAGUCGAGGUGUGCCCGAGGAUGCGAAUCGGGUGGCCGAGUGAGGCGUGAGCUUGAAGAACAAAAAGUGUAUUCGCUAGCACAAGGACCAAUAACACUAGACUAUCGGAAUGCUUUUGAACAAGAUGAAAAAAAUACUAAUGAUAAACCGGCCACAGAAGGUAAUUUGUGAGUUCCUAACUUUUUUUCUGAUUUUAAAGGUUAGCUCUAGGACAAACGGUCUAAGAAGGAAUAGUGGAUGAGAAUAUGACGAGCAUUACGACUAUAACUUUGAUUAAAAUCAAGACUUCUUUUAUUGAUUUAAGUUUUGGUGUCAGAACUCACGGAAAUAUGAGAGAAAAUUAAUACAAAAUUAGCCCAAUAUUCAGCUUUGGAAAAUUUAAUUUCCGAUUAAUUAAAAGCAUAAAGAGAAGCUAGUAGCGUAAGAUUCGAUAAUAGUAAAAUAAAAAAAUUAAAUUUACGAAGCUAAAGCCGAAGAUAUGAAGGAAAUCAAAAUAUUUUUAUUCCAUCAUCACAGACAGAUAAUCUAAACGCACAAAAAUUAAUCCCAAUGAAAACAUUACACUUUUAAAUUUGAUAAAGUAAAAUUUGUGUGGAUCGACUACUUCCUUGUCAAUUCCUUUAAAAGAAAUUCCCAUCAGAAAUAAGCUUACUUUACACUGGAAAUUUUCUAUAACGACUGUACUGUGAAUGUCUUUUUCUUUUCAGCGGAUAUGAACAUCCCAAUUCUUACUGCUCUGGCCGCCUUGACAGCUCUUUCUGUGUUCGGUAUGGCAUUUACGGCGAUGAGAAGGCGACAGCUCAAUUAA